AUGAGAAAAAAUCGGGAAUUUCUACUCGUUCUGUUUUUGGUCGCCUUCAUUCUUUUCUAUUUUAUCACAUCCAGAACAUCCGACGACCCAUACUACAGUAGUCGGCGUGGCAAAUUCAGAAGCGGCGAUGACGACGAAAUCGACAGACCCCGACAAUUAGCCGUUCAGGCUGAUGACGGAUACAAUAGAACGUCGCCUUUCAUAUUCAUAGGCGGUGUUCCUCGUUCCGGGACGACGCUAAUGCGAGCCAUGCUAGACGCCCAUCCCGAUGUUCGAUGUGGAGAGGAGACACGUGUCAUUCCACGUAUUCUGAAUCUCCGAUCGCAAUGGAAGAAGUCAGAAAAGGAAUGGAAUCGGUUGCAGCAAGCAGGUGUCACCGGAGAGGUUAUCAAUAAUGCAAUCAGUUCGUUUAUUAUGGAGGUCAUCGUAGGCCAUGGCGACCGUGCGCCCCGCCUCUGCAAUAAGGAUCCGUUCACAAUGAAAUCGGCGGUCUACCUGAAAGAAUUGUUUCCAAAUGCCAAAUAUCUUUUGAUGAUUCGAGAUGGGCGGGCUACAGUAAACAGUAUUAUAUCCAGAAAAGUGACGAUUACGGGAUUCGAUUUGAACGAUUUUAGGCAGUGUAUGACGAAGUGGAAUGCGGCGAUUCAGAUCAUGGUAGAUCAGUGCGAAUCGGUUGGUGCCAACUGCCUCAAGGUCUACUACGAACAACUGGUUCUUCAUCCAGAAGCCCAAAUGAGGAGGAUAACAGAAUUCUUGGAUGUCCCAUGGGAUGACCGAGUUCUUCAUCAUGAGCAGUUGAUUGGGAAGGAUAUCUCUUUAUCUAACGUCGAAAGAAGCUCAGAUCAAGUUGUGAAACCAGUGAAUCUGGAUGCGCUGAGUAAAUGGGUGGGGACGAUUCCAGAAGACGUCGUGAGAGAUAUGGAUUCAGUGGCACCCAUGUUGAGGAGGUUGGGAUAUGAUCCCAAUGCCAAUCCGCCUAAUUAUGGAAAACCCGACGAGCUGGUCGCCAAAAAGACAGAAGACGUUCAUAAGAAUGGUGUGGAAUGGUACAAAAAAGCGGUCCAAGUGGUCAACGAUCCCGAACGAGUCGACAAACCGAUAGUGGACAGUGAAGCGGCCGCCGGAAGGGAUUAA